AUGUUCCUGUGGGUGCUGUUCUUGAUCGCUUUGACAGUCAUACCUGAGCUUUCAGAGCUUCGUCGAUUCCGGGAGCACGUAGUUCACGACGUCGUGGGGCGGGAUCGAGUGGGAGAAUCAGUUGUUGAAUUCGGCCCAGAUCCACCGCGGCGGCGGGAUGUCGGUGCUGGUCACCGACGCGGCCGGGUUGCCGGUGUCGGAGGAGAAUGGGAAGGAGGAUGGGUUUGGUUUCGGGCAGGUUGGCGAUGUCAGAGGAGAUUGGGAAGGAGGAUAGGUUUGGUUUCGGGGAAGAAGGGGAUAAAUUGGGUUAUUUAUUUAUUUUUGUUUAUUAUUAUUAUUAGAAAAGAAAAUUAA